GAAAAAGAAGAAGAAGAAGAAGAAGUUGGUUUGGACGGUCAAAGGUACCUCGCUCUUCACAAGUUUUAGCUGUGUUCAAUUUGAAGAAAUAAUAUAUAUCUACAACGCUUUUGGCCGCCGACACAGCUUAACUACUUGACUUUUCUAUAGUUUUUGUGUUUUUGAGUCGGGCUGAACACGAUGAUCACAAGGAGAAGAAGCCGUGCCAUGGAGAUGCCGUCGGUAGACGUUGAGGAGGUGGAUGUAGUGGAAAACGAUCAAGAUCUCCCCAGCCCUUCUGAUGAGCUUGCUGCCGAUGACACCGAUCAUCCAGGAAUCGAGCUAGAYGACCUGUUUGAAGAUUUAAAGUGGACUCUAGAAAAAGAUUCUUCCUCUCUACUCUUUGGCGUCGAUCUUGCCAAUCUAGAAGCAUGCAGCGACAUAAACCAAGACUCGGUUUUUGACGUUUCAUCCCGCUCAUCUCCAGACAGAAYGUCUUCWGGCUCCAGGAUGAAAAACCGACUAAACCAGUCGAACCACGUCAUCAACAAAAACGCCAUCGCUGCCAGAUUGAACCGUCUCAAGAAGAAGGAGCACGUCAACAGCCUGGAGAAGCAGGUUGGCGUUCUGUCAACGGAGAACGGCGUGCUCAAACAGGAGAACUGUCAGUUGACUAAACGGGUGGAAGAAUUGGAGGAUGAAACCAGGGGCCGCGCUCUAACGAGCACGAUUAUGCGUUGCCCAGGAAGCGGGUGAAGGUGGAGGAGAAGGAGACGUCUGGCGGCGUGUGCCUGCAUGUAGACAAGAACCACGUGUCAGUGGAAUUCUGCCCAAAGUGUGCAGAGAGCGCGAGCACGUCGCUCAAAAUUUUCUUCUAGGUAAUGGUUGCUCCGCCAUGGGGGAUGAGUGGCUUUCUGAACUCCCUCUUCCUGCUUGACGCCAUGUUCUGCUGAUGGGAGGUGACGAAGCUGGACACGCAGCUGCAACGUGGCCUGGUAUUUUUUUAAAGGUAGUAUCGGUAACAAAUGGUAUAUGUAAUCUAAUUUUUACCCACAUUCUGCAUCACCUGUAGCUCUUGGUUGUAUCAUCACCUGGAGCUCCUACAGCACCCGGAGCAAUUUGURUAUUGUUUGUAUAUUGAAAUGCACAUUUAAAAAAAAACAACUGAUCACAGUAAAAUUUUUUAAAUCACAUCUAAUAAACUGUAAAUGUUUAAUUUUGAAUAUAUUUUCUUUUCAAGUAAAUGGUCUGAGAAAUGUUGGACAAAUAAAUCCCAUUCUCUGUGUGUAAAAUACGAAAUAUCUGCUGAGUCUUGUUGUGUACUGUUGAUAUUAAUGCUUCUCUUUUUUCUUUCUAAACAGCAAGCUCUGCCGAUAAAGGUCUUAACUUUCCCUGAACAUUGGGUCAAGUCUGGUAACGGUUGUCAGAACAGAUGACAGUCCCCAUUGGAUGGAAUAAUACAGCAUAGAAAGAUUCAUUUCAUUUAUCUGCCCAACUACAGUGCAUCCAGAAGGUUUUCACAGCACUUCACUUUCUCCACAUUUUAUUUUCCAGCCUUAUUAAAACAGUCUUUCCUCAAAAUUUUACACACAAAUACCCCAUGUGAGCAGCAAUGUGAGAAAAAGUUUUUGAGAUUUUUGCUAAAUUCUAAAAAAAAAAAAAA